AUGACAAAAACAGGAAGGGCGGCCAGAUUAAGCGGAAGCAGGGAAGAGGAGGAUAGGAUUUUAGAGAAGGUGACAGCGGAAUAUGUUGAGAGCAGGUGCGAUUGGAUGGAGGAUUAUAUCCUCGAAAUUAAAAGUGAGAUAAUUCAACAAAUACAAUUUGAGAUGGAGAAGCAAAGGCAGGUGCUUGAGGACUAUAUUAAGGAAGAAAUCAGGAAGGUGAGGAAAGAGUGGGAAGACACAAGUUCAAGGAUUGACAACGAGUUAGAUGCGAGAAGCAACACAGAUGAAGAGAUCGGACAAGUUCUUAGGAACUCUGUAAGAAUCCCCCGGGUAGGAUUCACCAAGGUGUUUUGCCCAGUUAUUUGGGAUCUGGCUGUAGUUCACUUCCGUCUCGACAAAGUGGUUGAUCCUGUACCUGUUGCAGUGGUUGAUCCUGUACCUGUUGCAGUGGUUGAUAUUGUACCUGUUGCAGUGGUUGAUCCUGUACCUGUUGCAGUAGUUGAUCCUGUACCUGUUGCAGUGGCUGAUGUUGUACCUGUUGCAGUGGUUGAUCCUGUACCUGUUGCAGUGCUUGAUGUUGAACCCGUUACAGUGGUUGAUGUGGUGCCAGUUGCAGUGGUUGAUCCUGUACCUGUUGCAGUGGUUGAUAUUGUACCUGUUGCAGUGGUUGAUCCUGUACCUGUUGCAGUGGUUGAUCCUGUACCUGUUGCAGUGGUUGAUGUUGUACCUGUUGCAGUGGCCGAUGUUGUACCAGUUGCAGUGGCUGAUGUUGUACCAGUUGCAGUGGCUGAUGUUGUACCAGUUGCAGUGGCUGAUGUUGUACCUGUUGCAGUGGUUGAUGUUGUACCAGUUGCAGUGGCUGAUGUUGUACCAGUUGCAGUGGCUGAUGUUGUACCUGUUGCAGUGGCUGAUGUUGUACCAGUUGCAGUGGCCGAUGUUGUACCUGUUGCAGUGCUUGAUUUUGAACCCGUUACAGUGGUUGAUGUGGUGCCAGUUGCAGUGGUUGAUGUUGUACGCGAUGCAGUGGUUGAUGGGGUGCCAGUUGCAGUGGUUGAUGUUGUACGCGAUGCAGUGGUUGAUGUGGUGCCAGUUGCAGUGGUUGAUGUGGUGCCAGUUGCAGUGGUUGAUGUUGUACGCGAUGCAGUGGUUGAUGGGGUGCCAGUUGCAGUGGUUGAUGGGGUGCCAGUUGUAGACAGACAUGUUCUGGCAGCUAUGAAGUUAAAGCUCGAACUAACGAAAAUAGAGCGGGAACAACAAAAAGAAGCUCUACAACAACAGAAAGAAGUUCUCCAGAUAAAGAGAGAAGAGGCUGCCCUGAAUAAAGAAGAACAGGAACGAGAUGUUGCCAUACAACGUGAGCGUGUGAGGGUACAGCUUGAAACAAGAAAACGUGACUUGGAGAUACAACGACUGUAA